CGGAGCUUAAGAAGGGCUGAGGACGGGGCUGGAGGACAGACAGACACGGCCCCGGCUGCGGUGUUCGCUCCCUGGAAGAAGGGAAAGAAGGAAAAGCAGCCCAUGCGGCCGCCCUGCCCAGCGAUGGAGCCGGCUCCUCUCCUCCUCCUCCUCCUUGUCUCACCGUGGGGCUGCAGCAGCCACCGCGGUGAGGAGCUGGUGGUGGAGCCGCGGGAGGCGGUGGUGCCAUAUGGGGGCUCGGUGCGGCUGAACUGCUCCCUGGGCUGCGCGGGGGGCACGGUGCAGUGGCGGGGGCUGGACACCCACCCGGGCAGCGUCACCUCCUUCCCCACCCACAGCGUCCUGCACGUCGGCAGCGCCGCGGUCGCCACGGCGGGCAACAAGAUCUGCCAGGGCACCUGCGGCGGGCGGCAGUACCAGCGCACGGUGCAGCUAGAGGUCUACGCCCUCCCGGACACCGUGCAACUGGAGGUGGCGCCCGGCGCCCUGCGCUGCUCGGCCCGCGGCGUGUACCCGCUGGAAGGGCUGGUCCUCACCUGGCACCGCGGGGACCGGGUGCUGGGCAAGGAGGAGGACUUGGAUGUCACCGAGACGGACGAGGAGCUGUUUGACAUCGUGUCCACACUGCCGGUGUCUUGGGAGGAGGUGGGAGAAGGUGUAGAGUUCAGGUGCGAGGUGACACUGCGUGUGGGGAAGGAGACCUUCACCCGGGUGGCAUCGCUGGCGGUGAGCGCUGGGGCUGUGACGGAGCAGCCGGUGCCUGUGGCCGCCUCCACGGAGAGUCCCCGGGCAGCGGCGGCCACGACCAGGAGCCCCAGCACACAUGGCCCUGUGGCCACCACAGCGCUGUCCCCAGAGCCCGGUGUCACCACCCACGACCCCACCUCAGCCCCGGCCACCUCCCUGCCGGAGCCUGACGCUGUGACCAGCUUGGGAACGGCUGCUGCCACCAACCCUCCGUCCACGGAGCAUCCUGCUGCCCCGGCCCUUGUCACCGGCCGUCCCACAGCACGCCCCGCCACCGCCACGCUCCCCAGCACCACGAAUGGGACAGAGCUGUCCCCAGGGACGGUGCCCCCCUGCAGCCUGCAGAUCUGGUCGCUGCCGCCCCGCGGGAUGCGGGGCAGGGCCCUGCGCAUCGAGUGCCGCGCACACUGCCCCGGGAACGUCACCGUGCGCUGGCUGCGGACCCCAGUGGGGCUCGGGCAGUACCGGGAGGAGGCGGCGGGCAGCAGCUCCAUGCUGCAGCUGGACCGUGCCGAGCCCUGGCACCAGGGCCGCUACCAGUGCGUCCUGCAUGGCCGCCGCUCGCCGGUGGCCACUCUGCAGCUGAUGGUGUCAGAUGAUGCAUUGGAUGCAGGCCCUGCCAUCGCUCUGGGGACAACAGUGUCGCUGUCAGGACUGAUCGUGACCGGCAUCGUGUCCCGUUACCUGUGGAAACGGUUCAGGUCCCGUUAUGAGCUGCACUAGGAGCGGGGGCUGCCCCCGGACCUGUCCCCGUGUCACCUUCCCUGCGGGGCUCGCGGCCCCGGGAUGGGGAGCAGCCGAUGGAUCCCGGGACCAGUGGGUCUGAGGGUGCGGGAGCUGCCGGGAGCCCCAGCAGAGCAGCCCCCGCCUGCGACCCCUGGGCUGCUGCUGACAGCGUCACCCGUGCCCGGUGGGAGACGCUGCCCCGACCCGGGGCCUCUGGGCACUGGGAACUGCUCGGCCCCGGGUGCGGGGAGACGGGAACCCCCGGGACUGCCCCGGGACACCGGGAGUGGAGGAAACACGGGCAGAGACACCCGCCGGGACGGGGCUGGACCACGGCCGGCGCUGGGCGCGGGGGUCCGGCCCUGGGGGUCCCGGCACACACGCGGGUGGGCAGGAGGGCGGUGGCUGAUCGCCUGUCGCGACAGAGGAGACGGAGCAGCCCCGGGGGGCGGACGGGACAUCCCGCAGGCACGGGGCAAAAUAAAGGGCUGUUUCGGUUUGAA